UUUAUGUAUGUCAAUAUAUUUCGUGAAUUCUAAUGUCAUGUUAAGCAAAGCUAUUUUAAAAUUGACUAGAUAUUCUUAAGAUGAUAUGAGUAAAGAUAACAAUUCUAGAAUAAGUAGAACUGAAGAAGGAAUAUCUCUACAGGCCACUGGAAUAAUUUCAUCCGAAAAUAUUGAAGAUGGCCAAGCCUCUCCGGGGUCAAAUGAAGAUGACAUCAACCUGCAAUGUACAUCGGCCAAUAUGUAUAAAAAUUCAAACGAAUUUAAUAAAGAUCCUAUUUUCGUUAUUGUGGACUCUAGCUGCGUAAGUAAUCCUAGUUCCACAGAAAUAUUAAUAAACAAAAUAAAUGUUCUUAAAGAAGUUACGCAUAAGAAAAAUUUCAAAAAUAAUGUCAUCCCUAUUGAUAUACCUUGCACUAGCAAGGACCAAUCUGAUAUCCUACCAAUUCAAUUACACAAUUGUGAAUCUCGAGAAGAGUUACAAAUGGUUGACAUCAAUUUACAAAGCGACAAUGAAAUACCCAUAGCCGACAAUGACACUGAAAAUGAACCGGAAUCAAUAGUAAUUGCUUAUCUUCGCAACAAAGAUACACUUCGUGAGAAUGAUGAAAUUUUUACGACUAGAAAAAAAUCAUCAUUGCUUGAAAAUGUACCGAAAAUGGAGACAAUACUUGAGGGUGAACAGUUUUCUUCGUUUUCGGAUUCACCGACCAGUAAAUCUUUAGACACUGCUGAACCUACGACUGAAGAUAAAAAGUAG